UCCUCCUUCCUCUUCCGCAUCAUCACCACAUCAUGGAACCUCAACCUCCUCAAAACCUAGAUUACGCCUCCACCGUGGACACCUCCUCCGCUUUCCGCUCCGUCAAGGAAGCCAUCGCCAUCUUUGGUGACCGCCUUCUUGUCAAAGAAACUGGCUCUCCUUUGCCCUCACCGGCUGCCACUGCGGCCACCCCCGCCACGAAGCCGAUCAGGCGAGAGAACUCGUGGAGGUUCACGUCAAGUCCGGUGACGACGACGAUCACGACGAUAAAGCAUGAAGAUCGGAAAGAAGAUAUUCUUUGUUACAACUAUGAUGAUCAUCAUCAGAAUAAUGAUAGUGACAAUGGACUUCUGGAAACCCUAAAGAAGCUUGAGGCGGAGCUGGAGGAGACGAAGAUGGAGCUGAAGCUGUUGAAGGAAAGAGAGAGCGACACGGAGGUGGCAUUGGCUACUCUCAACGCAGAGCUUCACAAGAACAUGUCAAAGCUUGCUCAGGCCGAGGCGGUGGCCGCCGGGAAGGCUGCGGCGAAAACGGUGAGGUUUGAUGAGAGAUUGAAUGACUAUAUGGAGCUUAAUGAUAACAAGAAAAGUAAUGGUAUUAAUAAUAAAAAUAAUAAUAGUGGAGAGAUUAAAGUAGAGGAAGAAGCAGUGAAGAAGAAGAAGAAAGAAACUUUAGCUCAGAUUCUGAGUAUUGGAGUGAGAGAAAGUUAUAAUUUUCUGGGGAGUGGGAAAAUGAGGGAAAGGAAACAGAAGAAGAUGAAGCCGAUAAUUCCUCUAGUGGGUGAUCUUUUUUCUAAGAAAAAAGGGUCUCCUAGUAGUCACCAUAAUCCUCUCUAUGCGUCCCCUUUCCUCUACGAUUAUUGAAAAGAAAAAAAAAUCAUUUAAUGUAUGCAUUUUGGGUUUUAAUUUUGUCACUUUGUUGGAAGAGGCAUGUCUUUUUGUUUUUUCUUCUAAUCUUUAGUUUGUUUAAUUCUUGGAAAAUGUACUGUGUGUAAAAAAAAAAAAAAACCAACGUAUGCGCUUGUAAUAUAAGGUUUUAUAUCUUCAUUCA